AUGAGUCAUCACCAACGUAGCAUUUCGACACCUGGAGUCUCGAGAAAGCGUAAAGAGAGAGAACCUUUUUAUUCAUUUAAACCGUCUACUCCGGUUCAAUCAUCGGUUCAUACCAGUCCAAAACACCCCUCCUCUCCUAAUUGUUCGAAUCAGCUUUUAGCUGGCUACAUGGCGCAUGAGUUCUUGAUCAAGGGAACCCUGCUGGGUCAGCAAUUCGACCCGGCUCGAUCGGAGUCUGUCCCGGUAGCGAUCGCAUCGAUGUGUGGACCGAGAAAACCCGUCCAGCAGGAAACCGAACCGAAGGAUUUUAACAAAGAGAGUCAAAGUUAUGCUGACGUGGCGAGAAUAUUGAAGGAAGACGGGACCCACAUCACUGGAAUCCUUAACCCUACUCAGCUGGCAAGGUGGAUCAAGAUGUGA